GUUCCGAGUCAUCCAGUCGGAGCCCCAGGGGGCAAAGCGUCCGGCGAAGGUGGUGGAGCUGGGUCGAAAGAAGCGCCAGAGCGCCCAAGUGGCCAGUUUAAAGAACCAAAUGAUAUAUUCUCAUGGGGUUUUCAAGCUUCAAAAUAGCCCGGCAUUGAGAGAAAUCCCCAUUAAACCUCCUGGUGGAGGAGAUAUCAUGGAAAUGUUUCAGAACAAAGGAAACCGUGUGUACGAGUUCAUAGAGCCGGAGUUGGCGGAACCCAAACCAUCCUAUUCUGGGUUACCAUUGGAGUCGUUCCCCAAUGCCAAAAUCAAAAAGGAGUCUCUAUGGCCAGCCAAGACCAAAAAACUCAAAACCCGCGUGGAGCCUGAUCCAGUACGCCAAGAAGGUAAGGAGAUCACCUACAAGUUCCAUCUACAAACCUCCAAUUCGGAUAGCCUCACCAAUGAGAGCAGAAUUCGAAGUGUUCACAGCCCUAAGGGUAAUCCCAAACUCCCUGACGAGGAAGCCACGAAAACAGAAACGAACCGAAGCGUGCCCCUUACACCCAUAUCUCAAGCUUCUGGCUCUAUUAAAGUCAAGACUCCUAAUACCAACAGUCCGCUACGGGCGUCCAAGAGAAUAAAGGUGAUCACCCCCAAAAAACCAAUUGCUACCACACAUUUGGCUCCUUCGUUUGUAACAGAACGUGAGAAAAACUCGAGUGAUUUGGAAGAACCAUCCAAUGAUGACUUUUGCAGCGCCUGUGGUGGUUCUGGUGUAUUCAUUUGCUGUGAAGGAUGUCCCAAGUCUUUUCAUUUUAUUUGUUGUGAUCCUCCAUUGGAUGAUUUGCCCGAAGAUAACUGGAUAUGUAGAGACUGUGAGGCCAAUCAGAACCCCAAAAAUGCCCAGCAGUAUGACGAUAUGGGGAUUUUUGGCCAGUUGAUGAACAAUUUGCUGACAUUAAAUCCGGUCGAGUUUCAGCUUCCGAAGAGCUUGAGGGACGAUACCUUUAUCAACGUGGAAACUGAUGAACACGGCACCUACGAAGAUGACAGCUUGAAACCUCAACUUUCCUACGGUAAGCUCAACGGGUCCCAGAUCUCGGGGUAUAAUUAUAAUCAAGACUUGGAAAUCGAGAAGCUUUACCAUAAAAAUGGAGAUCCGUUCUUGUGCCACAAGUGUGGGCUUUCAGGACUAUACGGAAAAACCCUAGUCCACUGUGACUAUUGUCCACUUGUGUGGCAUAUGGAUUGUUUGAAAGAUCCCAUAUAUACCCCGAAGACGGUGGGAUUCAAAUGGAGGUGUCCUAAUCACUACGAGAAUCUUUUCCCUGUUAAUCUCUUCUCUAAGCGGAACUUUAAAGACACCCCUAUCAUGGAUGUGGCCCUACACAACCAUUUCUUGAAAAUUGCUCAACUGCAAAAUUUCUUGAUCAAGUAUAGGGACCAACCGUGGUUGAAGAAAGAUGGUUCGGUGGCGACUCUUCAGGAGUAUCUUCAGUACGAAAUGAAGAACUUCAACAAGCUCAAUCCUGACUACGACGAUAAAGAAAUGCUGGCUGGUAACCACAACACAUUGGAUAAUGACGAUGACAUCCACGAGGACUUUAAUGUUCCCAACUUCUUCAACAACUACCCUAUCAAAGGUGGGGUGGUGGCCAAGCCAUCAGAGAGGUUGAGUAGAAUCAUUACCAUGACAAAUGAAGACGAGUCAAAUGGUGGUAAAGUCUGCUCAUUUGUAUAUAGAGUUCCGGAAGAACUGAUUGUGCUUGAUUUUUUCACCAAGGUUAAAACCGAACUGCAAAAGCGCAAAAGAAGAAAGAAGGUCCAACAUUUAUCGGUCAGAGAUAGAAUAUUCAGAGACUUGGAUAAAUACGAAGAGAAACGUAAGGAUGAGGCGGACUUCCUAUCUAAUGCCGAAUACUUUCACCAAACCCUGAAGAAUGAUGGCAUAGAACAUCUUAUAAAGGCAGCACUUGGGUCCACUCCCGAGCCCACUACUCCCCUCUCAAGUGACGAGGUUUCAGAGCUUGUUCACAUCAAGAAAUUGAUCCAGGCUAAAGGCAAGGAUGCGUUUAUGGAGUUCUUGAAAUCGUAAUAGACGUUGUACUUUAUUAAUAAUAUAUACAAGAAACCGUUACAACAUGAUUAGACUCGCUUACUGGUGUGCUACUGUAUUAAGGUCCAAACCUUUCAACACUUCAGGAUCCACAGGAGUGGCACCAGUGAGUUGUACCACUUUGGCCAAUAUGUCACUGUGUGAAAUGCCUUCGCAGCUGACUUCUUGGUUGCCAGAUUCAGUGUGGAUCACCACUUUGGUGGGGCACUUGGCCAACUCUUGAUCGGAAUCGGUUUGUACUUUGAGGACAUGGAACUCGGUAUCGUAGUUGUGGAAUUUCAAGGUUGGGAGAUUGUGUUUCCAAAAUUGUCUUAAACCUAUCGAUGGUUUAUGAAGUCUAUUCUGUGGUAAGAUCAAGUCCAAACGGGUGAAUUUUGGGUCGAAUUUGAAGGCGGUUGCAGUGCUUCCGUGGAUGAUAUUGAUACGAGUAGCCUGUUUCAAUAAACGUGACUUGGGAAGCCCCGGAAACAUCGAGUUGAGGGUCUUUGGCUUUGCCAUGCUGCUAGUGCGGAAGAAACGAAUAAAAAAUUUUC